AUGCAUAGUAUUAAGCAAAAAAGUAAUCCUACUAAAAAUAAUAAGGUUUACAUAGAAGAUUCUAUUAGUCUCAAUAUAUAUUUUGAUAUUAAUACCAGGAACAAUGAUAAUUCACUUGAUCUUCUUGAUAAUAAUUUUUCUGAUAAUGACAAUAAAGCACUUGGUAGAGAUUCUAAUGAUAACAAUAAUAUAAUCUUAUCUGCAACUCCAAUUAAUAACAACUCAACUACGAUAUUUGUUGGCCAAACUUUUGAUAACUGGUAUAAGGUCGAAGAAUACAUUAAUACCUAUGCAAUAAGUCAAGAGUUUGCAACUAGAUUACAACGUACAGACAAAAUUAUAGACUUUACCACCAAAGCAAAAAUCAUUUAUCAUUAUGCUAGUUCUCUAGGUAACAAAAGUACUAGAUUACAAAAACCCAAAAGUAUUGCUAUUGGAUGCAAUAAAGUUAUGUUUGAUCCUAAACAUCACAAAUUAAGCAAUA